AAACUUAGAACUUACUUUGUUACUGACCGACCGUCUCUCUGGCUCUGUAGAGUGAGGGAGUUACAGAGAAAAUGACUCAAAUGAGGCCUCAGAUCGUGCUGUUCGGAGAUUCGAUAACGGAGCAUUCGUUCAGAUCAGGAGGAUGGGGAGCUGCUCUUGCUGACACUUAUUCUCGCAAGGCUGAUAUAGUGAAUCGUGGGUAUGGUGGGUACAAUACCAGAUGGACUUUGUUCUUGCUGCAUCAACUUUUCCCUCUCGAUUCUACAAAACCUCCUGUUGCCGCAACAAUUUUCUUUGGGGCUAAUGAUGCAGCUCUUUUGGGGAGAACCAGUGAAAGACAACAUGUUCCUGUUGAAGAGUACAAGGAGAAUCUCAGAAGAAUUGUUCAUCAUUUGAAGGAAUGCUCCCCCACCAUGCUAGUCGUGCUUAUUACUCCACCCCCAGUUGAUGAGGCUGGACGAAAAGAAUAUGCUCAAUCCGUAUAUGGAGAGAAAGCUGCGGACCUGCCGGAAAGGACAAAUGAAGUGACAGAACUUUAUGCCAAGCAGUGCAUUGCGCUAGCUCAGGAAAUGGGUCUCCGCUCAAUUGAUCUAUGGUCAAAAAUGCAGGAAACAGAGGGUUGGCAGAAGAAAUUCUUAAGUGAUGGGUUGCAUCUGACACCAGAAGGCAAUGCAAUGGUAUACCAAGAAGUCAUAAGAGUGUUCAACGAAGCAUGGCUUUCUGCUGGAGAAAUGCCAUAUGAUUUCCCUCACCACUCAGAAAUUGAUGGGAGGAACCCUGAGCAAGCAUUCCAGCAACAAUGCUUAUGAUCUCACUGUCUGUGACACCUUUAUAUUUGUUUCCAUUUUACAAUUGGGUCAAAGUUGGCUUUCUUGCUUAACCCAAAAAUAAAAAUAAAUAAAUGAAAAACAAAAAGUAAAAGAUAGUGUGUUUCCUGAUUUUUCCCUAGAUGAAUAAGAUCAUUGCUCUGUUUGUUGAUUGCACCAUCGGGCAGUUUUUGGCGUUUUUGCCACUGGAUUGAUCAUGGCGUAUACUGUGAAUAAGAGAUUUCUUGAUCUUCUGUUAAAUGGUCAAUAUUAGUGUA